AUGUCGAAGGUCAUCCCAAACCACGUGGUACGAGUUGGUCAGACAGUAUGUGUUUCAUCUCAGGAAGAGCAUGCUUGCACACACUCUAAUGGGAGUUUGUCCUGUCACACUUUACCAGCACAGUAUUCUUAUUACUCAACAAAUGGUUGGGACAGUCAGAGCCGCUUGGCCCAAACCGAAGGAUGCUCUCUGCUCAAGAAGGAACUCUAUGGCUAUUGCAAACCUAGCACACAUGUCUACGCAGAGAAACUAUAUGGAGACACUAUGAUGUCUCCAAAUCUGGGGGAUAAACAUCAGCAAGAGGAACCAACAGAAGCGAGUAAUGAUGCCUGUCCAGUCUCUCCUACUCUGGAUAUAUCCAUUGAGAACUUGAACCGCCUGAUUUUGGAAAUUGACCCCACUUUCCAGCCUCUGAAGCCAGUUCAAAACCAGAGUCCUUCCCAAGCUAUUCCACAUAGCAAUACCACAAUGGCCCAAAAGCAGGCCCCAGAUUCACCAGACAUAAAGUACAUCGAGAUGUCGCCCACCAGAGCAAAGUGUCAUGAAUCUUGGCAGAGCUCAGCAAAUCAUUCUGGCAUCCUCUCUGUGUCUCCCCCAAACUAUGGCCAAUUGCUUCCACAUGGAGGCCUCCAAGGAGACAACUGUGAUGCCAGUGGCCACGUUACCUCUUUGUGUGGUCAUGAUUCAGGAGGCCCCUGGCAUCUGCCCACAGGAAGGAGGUCACCAACAUGCAUCCAAGUGUCCACGAGUAUCUCCAUUCCACAGGGGAAUCAGAAGAACUCUGCUACCUCUGGGUCAAAUUCUCACCUGACCUCUUCCCCGGGCUUCGAGAAUGUCCUGAAGUUGUCACAGCAUGGGAAGAUACAGCAACGGUGCAGCGGGGCGUCUGUGCUUUCGACAAGUCCUGGGUCAGACACCAGUUACAUUCUAGGAAGCAGCACCCAGUCAUUAUCCAACAAUGAAUCCGACAUUUUUCAGACCAGACCGGGAAGUCCUUCAUCUAUUGGAUCCCUCAAUGGUUCUUAUGUUGUCUCCCAUAACUCGGGUUCCUACUAUCCCAGUGUCCCUUGCUCCCAUAAAGGGAAUUCUUCCCUAUCGCCACCAUUGCAGAAAGGACAAACUCCCAAUGGCUCUCCUUUGACCCUCACAAAUGCGGCAUCCCCUAUCCCUAUAGUGCUCAUAAAUGGAUGUCCAGCUCCAGAACAAAGUGAGGUCUCUGCAAAGCCUUCCAGGGUUCACCCAGGUUCUUUCAAACAGAAGAGGCCCCUGCACAGUUCCAGCACAUUUUCCAGUAUUAGUGGCUCCAACAAGACCUCUUCUGAGAGUUCGCUCUCCUCUUCUUCAUCUCUGGAUAGUGGCUUCAAAGAAGUUCAGCCAAGCAUGAAGUUUGUGAUGGACACCUCCAAAUAUUGGUUCAAGCCUAGCAUCACACGGGAUCAAGCUGUCCAGCUGCUGAUGGAUGAACCCCAUGGCACUUUCAUCAUGCGGGACAGCACAUCUUACCGCGGCUCAUUUGGCUUGGCCAUGAAAGUCUUCAGCAACAAAGCAGGGGAAGAUGGUGGCGAUCUCAUCAGGCACUUCCUCAUUGAGUCUUCUGCCAAAGGAGUGCAUCUUAAGGGUGCUGAUGAAGAACCAUAUUUUGGAAGUCUCUCAGCAUUUGUGUAUCAACACACCAUCAUGUCUUUAGCAUUACCCUGCAAACUGGUCAUCCCCAACCAAGAUUUCUCUGGAGGAGAGGAGAAUCCUACCAUGGGCUCAGAAACCACUCUUCCAAUAUCAAAGCAAAAUGCUGCAUGCAAUCUCUUGUACCUACACUCCGUGACCAUGGAAACUCUCACUGGCAAAGCUGCAGUUCAGAAAGCAGUGUCCUCCACUUUCCAGCUGGAGACUCUGCCCAUGCCCACCGUUGUCCACUUCAAAGUCACUGAGCAAGGAAUCACCUUAACAGACAUCCAGAGAAAGGUUUUUUUUAGGCGGCAUCAUCCCUUGGCUACCAUCAGUUUUUGCGGCAUGGAUCCAGAAAAUCGAAAGUGGCAGAAAUUUUCCAAAACUUCAAGGAUCUUCGGUGUUGUUGCCAAAAGCCCAGCAGACCCUGAGAAUAUUUGCCACCUCUUUGCAGAAUACGAUGCGGUGCAUCCGGCUUCUCAUGUUGUUGACUUUAUCAAGAAACAUUUACCUCGUGCUUAAGAUGGCUCAGAUGCUGGGCUUUCCCUCUCUCAGCAGCCACACUGUCCCUGGUGUUCCCACUCUACUGCCCCCUUGCCUUUUGAAGCUGCCGGAGUUGCACUUUGAAAACCGUUUAAGCUCCAAACCAAUGUCAGCUGCAUGGUUGAGGAAACGUAAUACAAAGGGGGCAAUGGAAAAUGGGUUGUAUAUGUGUGUUUGUGGGGAGGGUUUGGCUGAGAAUCUGAGUAUUGUCAGCAGAAGGCCAGCCACUCUGUACUCCCAUUUUAUCUAGAAUAUUAUU